AUGUACCUGAGUCACUGUUUGCUUGCGGCGGUACUGCUGGCCGUUGUUUCUGCAUCGGUCGAGGAAGUCGAGAAUGCCGAGCCGCUGGACCUGAAAGCCGAACCAGAGCACGCCCGCCACAAGAGGUUCAUCGCCAAGAAAAUUAUCAUCGGAAAGAAAGCUCUGUUGGUUGGUGGUGCGGUCAAAGUUGGAUUGUUGGGCAGCCAACUCGGCGGCGGCAGCGGCGGCGGUGGUUAUGGCAGUGGUCUCGGCAGCGGUCUCGGCAGCAGUCUAAGCGGUCUAAGCGGCAAACUAGGCGGCCUGUUGGGUGGUGUCGGUAGCGGUGGUCACCCAGGUUCAGGCUAUGCCCCCGGACCCAUGGCUGCUAAUGCCUGGAGCGGCGGUUACGCAAGUAAUCACGGCUACGGUGGUCACAGCGCCGGCUACGCUGGCAGCCACAGCUACGGCCCUCCCAGGCCCAGCUACGGAGUGCCUGGACCUACCUAUGGAGUGCCCGCCAGCAGUGGCCCGAGCAACACCUACGGUCCCCCCAGACCCAGCUACGGCGUACCUGCACCCACCUAUGGAGUGCCCGCAGCUACUUAUGGAGUGCCCGCCAGCAGUGGCCCGAGCAACACCUACGGUCCUCCCAGACCCAGCUACGGCGUGCCUGCACCUACCUAUGGAGUGCCCGCCAGCAGUGGCCCGAGCAACACCUACGGUCCUCCCAGACCCAGCUACGGCGUGCCUGCACCCACCUAUGGAGUGCCCGCCAGCAGCGGCCCGAGCAGCGCCUACGGAGUCCCUGCACCUAGCUAUGGUGUUCCUAGCAACGCCGGCUACCAUUAUUAG